CAAAGUUGUUGUCGUCGCCGCCGCCUGCCGCUAUCACCCAGGCUCGCUUUCCCGUCAUGCCUGGCGAGGCCGGCCCCGUCGUCCCCUCUGACCUCGGGCCUGUCGUUCGCGCAUCCGGGCAUUCAGCGCCACACGGGGAAGAUGGCGGCGGGAGUAGCAGCAGCGGCGGCCGCGGCGCUCCCUGCCGAGUGGAUAAAGAACUGGGAGAAAUCGGGCAAGAGCGAGUUCUUGCAGCUAUGUCGUACUCUCUCUGAAAAUGCAACUUUUAGAGGUAUCCAGCAGGCCCUAUAUGAGCUUGCAUAUCAUGUUGUCAAGGGAAACCUAAAGCAUGAUCAAGCAUCUAAUGUUCUCAAUGAUGUAAUAGAAUUUCGGGAUGAUAUGCCCUCCAUCCUAGCAGAUGUAUUUUGCAUAUUAGAUAUUGAAACCAGUUGUUUAGAAGAAAAAAGCAAGAGAGAUCAGUUCAUGCAGCUGGUGUUAGCAUGUUUGUACUUGGUUUCAGAUACUAUACUCAAAGAGCGUCUGGACCCAGAAACGUUAGAAUCAUUAGGACUUAUCAAGCAGUCUCAGCAGUUUAAUCAGAAAUCUGUGAAAAUCAAGACAAAACUUUUUUAUAAGCAGCAGAAAUUCAAUUUAUUAAGAGAAGAGAAUGAAGGUUAUGCAAAACUGAUUGCUGAACUGGGCCAAGAUUUAUCUGGAAACAUCACUAGUGAACUGAUCCUAGAAAAUAUCAAAUCUUUAAUAGGAUGCUUUAACCUGGAUCCUAACAGAGUAUUGGAUAUAAUCUUAGAAGUCUAUGAAUGCAGGCCAGAAUAUGAUGAAUUUUUUGUACCUUUGAUAGAAUCCUACAUGUAUAUGUGUGAACCUCAAACACUCUGCCAUAUUCUUGGAUUCAAAUUCAAGUUCUAUCAGGAGCCAAAUGGAGAGACACCUGUCUCUUUAUAUAGAGUUGCUGCAGUACUUUUGCAACACAAUCUAAUAGAUUUGGAAGACCUUUAUGUACAUCUCCUUCCAGCAGACACUGCUAUUCUUGAAGAACACAAGCGAGAAAUUGGAGAAGCCAAACAAAUUGUGAGGAAACUUACAAUGGUUGUGUUAUCUUCUGAAAAGACUGAAGAGAAGGAGAAGGAAAAGGAGAAGGAAGAGGAGAAAACAGAAAAGCCACCUGAUAACCAGAAACUGGGUUUAUUAGAAGCAAUGUUAAAAAUUGGUGAUUGGCAGCAUGCACAAAGCAUUAUGGAUCAGAUGCCUCCAUUUUAUGCAACUUCACACAAACCUAUUGCUGUUGCUCUUUGUCAGCUGCUUCAUGUGAUGAUUGAACCUCUCUACCGAAGAGUUGGAGUACCCAAAGGUGCCAAAGGUACACCAAUUCCUCCUUUGCAAAACAAGAGAGCACCCAAGCAAGUUGAAAGCUUUGAAGAUCUAAGAAAGGAAGUGUUCAACAUGCUUUGUUACCUUGGCCCACAUCUCUCCCAUGACCCCAUAUUAUUUGCAAAAAUAGUACGCCUUGGAAAAGCAUUUAUGAAAGAGUACCAAUCAGAUGGAAGCAAGCAAGAGGAUAAAGAGAAAAUGGAGUUAUUAUUCAGUUGCUUGCUGAGUAUUACCGACCAGGUCUUGCUCCCUUCUCUUUCUUUGAUGGACUGUAAUGCAUGCAUGUCUGAGGAACUUUGGGGGAUGUUUAAAACAUUUCCGUACCAGCAUCGGUAUCGUCUCUAUGGCCAGUGGAAGAAUGAAACAUACAAUAGUCACCCACUGCUAGUGAAAGUUAAAGCUCAGACAAUUGACCGAGCCAAAUAUAUUAUGAAGCGUUUAACCAAGGAAAAUGUAAAGCCUUCUGGAAGACAAAUUGGAAAACUGAGCCACAGCAACCCAACAAUUUUAUUUGAUUAUAUUUUGUCUCAGAUACAGAAGUAUGAUAAUUUAAUAACUCCAGUUGUUGACUCAUUGAAAUACCUCACUUCAUUGAACUAUGAUGUCUUGGCGUAUUGCAUAAUUGAAGCACUGGCUAAUCCUGAGAAGGAGAGGAUGAAACAUGAUGACACUACAAUCUCCAGUUGGCUUCAAAGCUUAGCUAGUUUCUGUGGUGCUGUUUUUCGGAAAUACCCAAUAGAAUUAGCUGGUCUUCUUCAGUAUGUGGCAAAUCAGCUAAAGGCUGGAAAAAGCUUUGACCUGCUUAUUUUGAAAGAGGUGGUACAAAAAAUGGCUGGAAUAGAAAUCACUGAAGAAAUGACAACGGAACAGCUAGAGGCCAUGACUGGUGGAGAGCAGCUAAAAGCAGAGGGUGGAUAUUUUGGGCAGAUCAGAAACACUAAAAAAUCUUCUCAGAGAUUAAAAGAUGCACUUUUGGACCAUGAUCUUGCCCUUCCAUUGUGCCUUCUCAUGGCUCAACAGAGAAAAGGAGUGAUCUUUCAAGAAGGAGGGGAGAAACAUUUGAAGUUGGUGGGAAAGCUCUACGAUCAGUGCCAUGAUACUCUGGUACAAUUUGGUGGAUUUUUAGCAUCAAACUUAAGCACAGAGGAUUAUAUUAAGCGAGUGCCUUCUAUUGAUGUUCUCUGCAAUGAGUUCCACACCCCUCACGAUGCUGCAUUUUUCCUUUCACGACCGAUGUACGCACACCACAUUUCAUCAAAAUACGAUGAGUUGAAAAAAGCUGAGAAGGGGAACAAGCAGCAGCAAAAGGUUCACAAAUAUAUUACGUCAUGUGAGCUUGUGAUGGCUCCUGUUCACGAUGCAGUGAUUUCCUUGCACCUCCCAAAGGUCUGGGAUGAUAUCAGUCCACAGUUCUAUGCUACAUUCUGGUCAUUGACAAUGUAUGACCUUGCUGUGCCACAAAGCAGCUACGAACGGGAAGUCAACAAACUCAAAGUCCAGAUGAAAGCUAUUGAUGACAAUCAAGAGAUGCCUCCAAAUAAAAAGAAGAAAGAAAAAGAACGCUGCACAGCCCUUCAGGAUAAGCUUCUUGAAGAGGGAAAGAAACAGUCAGAGCACGUGCAAAGAGUGCUGCAGAGACUGAAGUUGGAAAAAGAUAAUUGGCUUCUUGCAAAGUCUACCAAAAAUGAGACCAUUACAAAAUUUCUGCAGUUGUGUAUAUUUCCUCGGUGUAUUUUUUCUGCCAUUGAUGCUGUUUACUGUGCCUGCUUUGUGAAACUGGUGCAUGAACAGAAAACACCAAAUUUUUCCACACUUCUUUGCUAUGACAGAGUAUUCUCUGAUAUAAUCUAUACUGUAGCAAGCUGUACUGAAAAUGAAGCUAGUCGAUAUGGCAGGUUUCUGUGCUGUAUGCUAGAUACUGUAACUCGAUGGCAUAGUGAUAAAGCCAUAUAUGAAAAGGAGUGUGGCAACUAUCCAGGCUUCGUCACUGUAUUACGGGCAACUGGUUAUGAUAGUGGGAACCAAGCUAACCUGUUAGAUUAUGAAAAUUUUCGGCAUGUGGUCCACAAGUGGCAUUAUAAGUUAACCAAGGCAUCCGUACACUGCCUUGAAACAGGUGAAUAUACGCACAUCAGAAAUAUUCUUAUUGUCCUGACCAAAAUCCUGCCAUGGUAUCCCAAAGUUGUGAACUUGGGCCAGGCUUUGGAAAGAAGAGUCCAUAAAAUCUGCCAAGAAGAGAAAGAGAAGAGACCUGAUCUAUAUGCAUUAGCGAUGGGCUAUUCUGGACAGUUGAAAAGUAGAAAACAUUGCAUGGUCCCUGAAAAUGAUUUCCACCACAAGGACCCACCUACUAGGAAUGCAGUACCUACAACAGUGCAAAAUGGGCCAGGUGGAGCUGGGCUGCCUCCUUCGCUCACAAUAAAUGCAGCUAAACUGGAAGAAAGCACUGCUGAGGAGACUGAUAAAUUAUUAAAGGAGAAAUCUCAGGGUGCUGUUAAAGUGAUCAAUAAAGCUGCCAAUGCAACACCAAAGGUGACCACGAGCAAUGGAAACAGUGCUUCUAACAGCAAAGUUAUAAAAGAAAAAGAGGACAAAGAAAAAUGUGGGAAGGAAAAAGAUAAGGAGAAAAAAGAGAAAACUCCAGCUGCCACUCCUGAGGCCAAAGCACUUGGAAAGGAUGGGAAAGAUAAACCAAAGGAAGAACGGGCAAACAAAGAAGAUAAAGCAAGAGAUACCAAGGAAAAGACGCCUAAAUCUGAUAAAGAGAAGGAAAAAGUCAAGAGAGAAGAGAAGUCGUCGAAGGAUGAAAAAUCCAAGAUCAUCGUGACCAAUGCUGAGUCAAAGUCAACUGCAGAAAAGGAGAGAGAGAAGGAACCGUCCAGAGAAAGAGAUGUAACCAAGGAUGUGAAAUCCAAAGAAAACAUUAGAGGAGGAGGUGGAGAGAAGGUGCCAGUAGCUGGGUCCUUGAAGUCACCUGUUCCCCGAACUGAAGCAUCAGAUUCUGAAAGGGAACAAAAACGUCGCAAAGUUGAUACCCAUUCUUCUCCAUCACAUUCCUCAACAGUAAAGGACAACCUCAGCGAACUCAAGGACUCUUCAGCAAAGCACUACAUUAACCACUCGGCUCCAGCACUGUCCAAGAGUAAGGAGAGAGAAGUGGACAAGAAAGAUUUGGACAAGUCAAGGGAAAGAUCCAGAGAGAGAGAGAAGAAAGAUGAAAAGGAAAGGAAAGAUCGAAAAAGGGAUCAUUCAAAUAGUGAUCGGGAAGUGCCUCAGGAUUCAACCAAACGCCGAAAAGAGGAAAAUGGCACAACUGGUUCUUCCAAACAUAAUAAGAGUGAAAGUCCCUCUGAUUCUCCUCACUCCAAUGAGAAGGAAAAGGAGAAAAGCAAAUCAAAAUCUUCAAGCAAAGAAAAAGGAGACUCAAUCAAAGUUGAAAAGGUGGAGAAAAGCUCCUCUGGUAGUAAAAAGGAGUCUAGACAUGAUAAGGAGAAAACAGAGAAAAAAGAGAAACGUGACAGUACUGGGGGGAAAGAAGAAAAGAAACAUCAUAAAUCUUCAGACAAACACAGAUAAUGAACAAUGUUCUGACCAAGGCAAGCUUGAAAUGGGAAGAUACUGAGCUGUGACCAGAUAUGUAUUUUCCAGAAUAUAGAUUGCACAGAAAGUUGUGAAUGAAGAGGACCCAUCUGCAUCUCCUUAAAUUAUUCAGUUCUCUGCUUUAUUUUCCUCCCAUUGCUGAAGAUUUGAUUGUUGAGUUGUACAUUACUGUAUUUUUAACUUGUCGCUUAGUUUCUUAAACAUUUAUUUUCAGUACCUGGCUGAAAGUGUUACAUGUUCCAUAUUUUAGCACAAUGUGCUGCAAAUUGUUGCCAUCGUGCAAAUGAGGUUUUCAUGUGUACAGAGUUUCACAUUAGAUUAUCAAAAUACUGCCUAAGUUUAGUAAUUCUUUUCAAUUGGAAAUUCAUUAUUUUAGGUGUUUGAAAACCAACAAAUAAACAGUUAUUGAACCUUUGGAAUUUACCUCAUUCAAAAUCCAGCUUUUAUUUAUUGUUUUUAACAUCAAUAACUAAAACCAAGUGGGAGCACUGUUUUCAUGCAAUGCUUAUGAAUUAUUUGUAUAUUAUGUGCGCAACAUUGACCUGUUUAAAAAAAAGCAAACAAAAACCCCUACACUCUUACCGUUCCUUACUACACCUUAUAUGUUUGUCAUAAUGUUUUUAGAGAAAUUGGGAAAUACUUUCUUCCAAACAGAAAUAAAAAUUAGGUUUCAAUAUUACAGCAGCAGGAGCUUUGUAUUGCUGGACUUUAGUCAAAAAAAGUUUCACAAUGACAUUUUUAAAAAAAGAAAACAAUUUUUUUAUCUGAUAAAUUCUACCAGUGUAACCUUUUUUCUAAAUAAACAAUAGUUUUCUC